AUGGCAUCCAAGAGCAAGUUUGACGCAUCUUCAACCAUCCCACUGUGGCUCGAUGGCAAGGAGAUCACGACCUCGGUCACUUUCGACGUCAUUUCGCCGCUCGACCAGCAGAAGCUCUACAAAUGCUCAUCUGCCUCGGAAGAGGACGCACAGGCAGCCGUUGCCUCGGCCCAGAAGGCUUUCCCUGAAUGGUCUCGCACCAAACCAACUGUGCGACGGGACAUCUUUUUGAAAGCCGCCGAGGAGUUUGCUAAGCGGCGGGAUGAGUUCUGGCAGUACUCUCACUCUGAGACUGGUGCGGCUGAGUCCAUGUUCGCGUUUGAGUUUGGCCUUGCGUCGAAUGCUUGCAAAGACAUUGCUGGCCUGAUCGGUGCUGUACAGGGCACUGUUCCCACCGUGAUCGACGAAGGGAAGAGUGCGAUCCAGAUCAGGGAACCUUAUGGAGUAUGUCUGGGCAUUGCUCCAUGGAAUGCGCCAAAUGUUCUUGGUCUUAGAGCGUGUCUGCAGCCCCUGGCAAUGGGGAACACAGUCAUCUUGAAGGGUUCAGAAUCGUCCCCAGCCACAUACUGGGCGAUUGUGUCGGUUUUGAACUCAGCCGGCCUGCCUCCUGGAGCUUUGAACACCAUAGUGCAUCGUCCUGAGGACGCUUCCAAGAUCACCACGGCACUCGUGACGCACCCUGCCGUCAAGAAGAUAAAUUUCACAGGCUCUACCAACGUCGGUUCGAUCAUUGCCUCUCUUGCAGGCAAGUAUCUGAAGCCGACGGUUAUGGAGCUGGGCGGCAAAGCACCUGCUAUUGUUUGCGAGGACGCUGAUAUCCAGAAUGCAGCCUUACAGUGUGCUCUGGGAGCGUUCCUCCACGCCGGUCAGAUUUGCAUGGCAACGGAGCGAAUAAUUGUUCACCAAAACAUUGUCGACAAGUUCAAGCCGGCUCUCAAGGCUACGAUGGACCAUUUGUUUUCCGACCAGGGUAUGGGAGUGCCGCAGCUAGUCGCUAUGGUGGGAGUCGAGAAGAAUCGGAAGCUGCUGUCUGACGCCGUCAGCAAAGGAGCCGGUGUCGUGUACGGCAAUCCUGACGCACAAGAAGAAUCGAAAACCACGAUGAAACCCGUGAUACUGGAGAGCAUUAAAGAGAACAUGGAUAUCUACCAUACCGAGUCCUUCGGUCCAACGGUCGCACUGUAUACCGUUGGCUCAGACGAAGAGGCGAUCAAGUUGGCUAAUGACACUGACUAUGGCCUGGCGUCUGCCGUCUUCACCGAGGAUCUACGCCGGGGCUUGAAGAUUGCGAAACAAAUUGAAACUGGGGCCGUCCAUAUCAACAGCAUGUCGAUCCAUGACGAGUCGGCACUGUCGCAUGGUGGAGCGAAGAAAUCUGGAUUCGGGAGAUUCAAUGGCACUCUCGGCCUGGAGGAGUGGGCAAGGACGAAAGUCAUCACUUGGAAGGAUUGA